AUGGCACAGGCCGCAUUUUCCUGUGAGUAUAGCAUUGACGAAAUUAAAAACCUCGAAUUUAUAGAAUGUUAUGAAAUACUGGAAAAAAAUAACAUAGACAUUAAAGCACUUGAAGAAUUAGAAGAACUACAGGAUCUUAUCAUCAAGAACUUACAGCUGAGCAAACGGUGUCAGAAUGCUUCAGAUGGAGGGCCUUCCUCUGACAGUGGUGUCGAUGACAGCGAAACCUCAUUUACAUCAUCAGCUGACCUGAUGGACCAGAUUAUAUCACGUGACCGUAAGGUCAAAGUGAAACUGAAGGAUGUGUAUGACAACAUCGGGAGCUUUUUCAAGAUGACGCAAUAUACAUCCGAUGCUGCGCUCAAGCACGAACUAGAAAUCGAAUUUCAGAAUGUAGAAAGUAUGGUAGAGGAGAACUCUGACGAACUCAUGUGUGAUGAAUGUCCGAUCGUAGUGACAGGAGAAACAAGUGCAGGUAAAAGUAGUCUGCUGAAUUUGAUACUUGGGAACAAAAUUCUACCGUCCUCACUUCGUUCUAACACCUCGACUGUGUGUCGUCUCCAUAACGACGAAAAGAAGAAGAUUAAAGUGUACAACAUAUCAGGGGAUACCGUUGUCUACGAGAAGUCAUUUCAUGAUGGCGUAUCUGAUGAUGAACUGAAUAAGGAACUUCAGCAGUUUGUCAGCUGCGAGGACAACCGGUACAGAUAUGUCGAUAUAUUCUGGCCGAUUCCAUUUCUAGGGAGCCAAGUAAUAAUAGUGGACACACCAGGUGUAGGAGAAAACAGUGAGAUGACCAGUCGGCUGAUGCAAUAUCUGCCGAAGGCUGUAGCUUUCAUCUAUGUCAUCAACUCGGAAAAUGCUGGAGGUGUGCAACAGGAUAGAUUACUAAGGAUUAUUGAAACACAGAAACAAUGGAGAGAGAAAGGACGAAAGCAGACAUUUGAUCAGAAUUGCACCUUGUUCGUCUGUAACAAGUGGGACCAAGUGCCAGAACAUGAGCGGGAAAGGGUAUGGAACAACACCAAAGAAAAACUCCGGUGUUGGCCAGGCUUUACGGAGUCUCAGAUGUUUAGACUUAGCACAUUAGAGGCGGAAAGGCGGUACACCAAUGGUCUGGACUACACUGACGAUUUUAAAAAUCUUCUCAGAGGCAUUGAAAACAUGGUACCUGCCAGUUUCCAGGAAAAGGUGAAACAGCACGCAUGGUGGCAGGAAAAGCUUCUAAAGAAAAUCAUGUUCCACGUGACAGCACGUAUCAAUAAUACUCGGCUUAGCCAGGAAGAAAAGAGGGCGAAGAAGGAAAGAUUAGAGGAGCGGCUACGUAGACUUGAAUCUGACACAGAGGAGGUGAAGAGAAAGCUGAAAGAUGAGGCCAAACAAAAAUGCAAGGCUAUCAGUAAGAAUUUGUAUGCACAUAUUCAUAAUCCGGAGACCAUCAGAAAGCUGAAAAUGUGGGACCCUCAAGUAGACGUACCGAUCCGAGAGACAGACUUCGGCCUCAUCGAGCAUGAGGCGAAGGAAAAAAUUCUUUCUAAGAUUGGAAAAGAAAUUAAGCUGUGGUGCGAGAGAGAGAGGUUAUCUGAAAUUACAGAUGAACUUGCAAAACGUUUUAGAGAGGAGUAUCGUAUGAUUGAGGAACAGUGCCAGGAUAUUGAUAUGCUCGUGCAAAGCGUGAGAAGUUCUGUGGAUAUAGUUGAUGUUGAGGAAGAAGUGGAUGAACCUUCUCACCGAAUCCCUCUUUUUGCUGGCAAAGAAAAACUGGCAUUGGUGCUUACGGCUCCAUUGUGGGUUCCGUUGAUGGUGCUUGCCCUGUCUAUAGCUGCUCCUGCCAUGGGUGUUAUCGCCAUGAAAGACGCUUUCAAGGAAAGGCAGAUGUACAAAGACUAUCUCAAAAGUAAAGGAGUAUUCAUGAAUAAAUGGGCAGAUGAAGUGCUGGCUAAAUUUACAUUGGAAACGAUAUCUAGCAAACUAGUAACGACAUACCUGGAAAAUUUUUACACAUGUUUAGAGCAACUUUGUGACGUGGUCAUCCCAAGACAGAUCCAAUCCGACAGGGAACUGAUUGACAACAUCGAAGGAGAAGCUCGCAGGUCGUCUGCUAUCCGACGACAGUAUCAACCUCUGGAGAGACGGUGUCAGAAUAUAACUGGUAAACUGCUGCUCACACAAAUGGAAUACUUCUAUGAGGGUAAUGUUGUCAACAGGAACAUAACGAAGGGAGAUUUCCUUGGCAAAGGAUCCUUUGCUACAGUGUACAAAGCCGAUGUUUUGAUUGGAGACGAGAAGAAACAAGCGGCCGUUAAGUGUAUGACAUGUCCUUUAGAAUACUCCGACUCCUACUCACAGCUGACAGAGGUCACAACACUCAUACAAUUUUCUCAUGGAUGGAUUGUAAAGCUGUAUGGUGUUUCUUACGAAGAAGUUGGUGACCAAAAAUAUCUCCAACUCGUCAUGGAGCUCUGUGACUUCACUCUGUCAUCACAAAUCUUCCCUGGACCUGAUGGCAGACAUGCUCCUGUAGAGCCAUGUAGCCGGUUUGGUAUCAUGUCUGCCAGUGGCAGGUCGUCCUUUGAUUUUUUCAAGAGGGUUUCAAUGGAUGUGUGUAAGGGGUUGGCCUAUAUACACUACAGAAAUUUUAUACACCGGGACCUCAAACCGAGCAAUAUUCUGCUACAUGGCGACCGUGCCAAGAUAGCCGAUGUCGGCUUGUCUAAGGAGACAAACUUAAUCACCGGAACGCUGGCGGGGACGCCCAGUUACAUGGCACCUGAAAUGAUCGAAAUGAAAUUGUAUGGUACGGAAGUGGAUAUCUACAGUUUGGGAAUCCUGUUGUGGGAGAUCUGGUAUGGCGCAAAGGUAUAUCACCAGGAUGGUAUAGACGGCCUCCAGGUUUUGGAGCACGUCAAACUUGGUCAUCGACCAAGUUUCAACCUACGUCAUGUGCCUCCCCCAGAUUUACAAAAACUCAUGAAACGUUGCUGGAAUGCGGUCGGGACAGCUCGGCCUGAGGCAGGAGAGGUCUUCGAUAUCAUAAAAGACCAAAACUAUUACGAUAGAUUAGACUAA